AUGAGAAGAGAAGGCCGCCCGCACGGCAUGGUCCGCACAUGCCCUUCCCUCUCCGCCCCUUGCAACCCGCCGCCCAAUUCCAGAAUCCUCAACCGCCUCAGCGGGCCGCCCACCGCGGGCCUGUUCACAAAAGUCCCGUCAAGGCCCACCAACCACUCCAAGUUCACCGGCAAGUGCGGCCGGCCCAGGUGCCGCGCCUGCCACUUCGACCCCGCUAGCAAGUCCAGGACCAAGGCCAAGGGGGCCCACAAGACGAGAUCCGCGGCGGUCGAUUUCUCGGACGACGAUUGCGACGUGGACGGCUCCGAUUACCGUUCUGAAGAUUCCGAUGCCGAUGAAUAUGGAUUUGAUAAAUUCUCGUCGGAGGCGGUGGAGACAGUUGUUGUUGUUGAUGAUGAUAAGAUGAGUUAUUGCGAGGUGGGGAUUUCGUGCGGAUCGGAGGAUGGGGAAGAGGGUUGGUGUUUGGUUGAGGACAAAAACGUCAUUUGCUGUUGA